AUGGAUAAACUCCCCACCACUAUCACGCAAGUUUCCUGCUGCUUGCUUCUACCUCUGGUUCUUUACCUGAGACCGCUUUUCUCUAAGUCUACGGUCCCUUUGCCCCCAGGCCCUACUCGCUAUCCUAUUGUCGGGAGUGCUCUAUCGAUUCCUCGCGACCGGCAAGAGUGGCUCAUAUUCUCUGAGUGGGCUCAGACAUACGGACAUGUCGUCUACUUCCGUAUCCUUGGUCGUGAUUUCGUUGCCCUAAAUUCGGUCAAGUCGAUCAACGAUGUCUUACUCCAACAAGGUGCAAAUUCUUCCGACCGUCCCCCCGUGCAAAUGGUUGGCCCACUCACUGGAUACGAUCGCAUCACGGCAUUCUCGCCGUAUGAUGAGAGGCUCAGACUUAGUCGGAAGCUUCUACAGCCAGUUUUAGCCAAUCGUUACGUCUCCAAGUGGCACUCUCACAUGGAAGGCGCCAGCCUCCUUUUGAUGCGACAGCUACUCGAGGAGCCAAAAUCAUUGGGCCCGGCCGUUUUUCUGUAUGCUGCGCGGCUGAUGCUCAAGGUUGGUUAUGGAUACAACAUAACCGGAGCACAUGACCCACUCAUAGCCACCGCGGAGAGAUGUUUGACUCAAAUUGGAGAAACAUUUGAGUUGGGCCGCUUCCUGGUGGAAUUCAUCCCUCCCCUACGAUAUAUCCCGGCCUGGUUUCCUGGCGCUGGCUGGAAGCGUACAGCUGCCUAUUUCAAGACAUGUCUCGAAGAAAUGGUUGUUGUCCCCUACAACAUGGUUAAGACCGCCAUGGAUCUCGGCCAGAGCACUGGCUCGUUCACAUCCGAUGCUAUCCAAGAAGCGGGAACCCUCGACGAAACAAAGGAGGACUUGGUCAUGUGGAGUGCGCACGCGCUAUACGCUGGCGGUACCGACACAAGCGUUGCCGGCGUCGAGUCGUUCUUCAUGGCUAUGAUCAUGUACCCUGACGUCCAACUAAAGGCACAGCAAGAGCUUGACCGUGUCGUCGGAUCCUCGCGCCUGCCAUGUGGCGCAGACUGCACCCAACUUCCUUACCUUACCGCUAUAAUGAAAGAAGUCUUGCGCAUGUUUCCGGUCGCUCCUUUGGCUCUCCCUCACGCGGCAAGCAGCGAUAUCGUCUACGAAAACAUGUUUAUUCCGAAAGGGGCGACCAUCUUUGGUAAUACUUGGGCGAUACUUCAUGACCCAGAAAUCUAUCCUGAUCCAAUGGAGUUCAAGCCCGAACGUUUUCUGGGCGAACACGCGCAACCUGAUCCCAAAGACCUGGGGGGUUUUGGACACGGCAGACGUCGUUGCCCCGCCGCAGAUUUCGCACAGGAAUCGAUGAUGAUAUUGUUUGCGCUAGCUUUGUCUACGUUCAACGUACUCCCUUUCACUGACGAUGAGGGAAAGAAGAUCAUACCCAAGGGUGAAUACACGCAUCGUAUCAUCCCACAUCCGAAGGAAUUCCCUUAUGAAAUCGUUCCACGAUCACCAGCGAAGGCGAUGUUGACUUCUGUUCCGUCAUCCAUUUUGUAUACCUACUUGACGAACUUUCUCAUAUCAUCAUCUCUACCUAUGCGUCCGCCACCAUGGAGGACACUACUGUCUUGGAUUUUAAAUCGCUUUACAUUGCACGCCGCGCUCGAUACCUUGCACCGGUUCGCUGGCCAUUAUCGUGAACACAGAGAAAGUACUGCACUGGCUGGAUGGGCGUUUGAUAACUUUGGCAUAGAGGCCUUAACCAAUGCAGAUCAUAACGAUGACCUCUUCACUCCUAUUCCAGCUGCCCCCUCUCCCCUAUCAUCCUCGACUUGGUCGUCCGCGUCAACGGUUUCUUCGGCUUCGCUCAAGGCGUUCAUCUCUCACAAGGGCCCUUCGGUCCACUCAGGUCACUAUGUUGCCCAUAUACGCGUGGAUGAUACAAACUGGGUUCUGUUCAACGAUGAAAAGGUCGUCAAAGCAGAUGCUGAAAGCGUGAAAGAGCUAAAGAAACUAGCGUAUUUGUACAUCUUCGAGAAAGCAGCCGUCUGGGAGGAUUGGUGGAAUCAAAAGGGGAAAGGAGACAAGUUGUUGCUAGCCGGAAGAGAUAUUGAUUUGGCGCCCUUGGCCAAUACCGAUCUCGCAGAUACACAGGGAAAGUUUUACAUCAGAGAACACCACGUUCAGUUGUACGAACGUCUUUGCAAGCUGGCCCAGAGGUUCUCAUGCGGCGGCGUGGUUUUGUCUGGACAACCGGGGACAGGCAAGACGUACUACCUCUUCUUUCUUCUGCUCAAGAAGUUAACCGAAGGACAGCCCGUGCUAUUCUCGCUAAGCAAGCGUGAAGUCCUGUACUUUUCUUCAGGAGGUGUCCAGUCGAACAUAGAUGUCGCACCUGAGCAAUUGCUCGACCUGGUUCCUCAGAACUCGCAACACCGAGCCGAUCGAACUUGGGCUCUUAUCAACAGUGACGGAGGGGAUAUGCUUCCUCCUCCUUGUGCGCUACUCAAAAAAUUCAUCUUCUCCUUCCAAGCUUCGUCGCCUCAUACAUCGCGAUAUAAGGCUUGGAUCAAACAGAAGGGUGGCAAAGUUUUGUCUGUGGCACGCUGGUCUAGACAAGAUCUCUUGCAUGCCGUCAAGCUGGCCAUCGAAUUACCGCUACAAUCCGACCCUGAACGAGAAUCCUCGAUCAACAAGGCGGUGUCCAAGUGGGGAUGGGCUCUUCGGGACAUCGUCAAAUACUUGCAAGGACAAGAUAAAGAGCUAGAGGAUGACCUUACAGAUGCACUUGGCAUUUUGACUUCUUCUCAGCUCUUCCUUCGACUGAAGGAUCGCAAAUGCGACAGCGAGAACAAAUUUUCUCAUACCAUCAUUUCUGCCUAUGCAUCCGCCGACCCCACAGACGACACUACUGUCUUGGAUUUUAAAUCGCUUUACAUUGCGCACCGCGUCCGACAACAGCUCGGCAUCUUGCACCGGGAUGACACGCUUAGGUUUAUCGGCCAUUGUCGUGAACACAGAGAGAGUACCGCACUAGCUGGAUGGGCGUUUGAAAACUUCGUCGUCGAUGUCUUCACCAAUGCGGGUCAUAAUGACGACCUUUCCACGCCUAUUCCAGCCGCCCCCUCCCCCCUAUCAUCCGGAAGUUGGUCGUCAACGGUUUCUUCGACUUCAUCAACUCCUGGAUACCCAACUACUCUGAUGCGCGCCCGUUUCGAUAAAACCCUCAAGGAAGUUACCUUGGACGGCACGAAGCUGUACCUCCCUUCUCAGAGCAACUUCCCCCUCCUCGACGCCUUCUACCUCGUGGUGGAUAACAAAUUGAGACACGUUGAAGUGGUCGUUCUCCAAAUGACUAUAUCUGACACGCACAAGGGAUCGGCGAAGGGCUUCGCGUUCUUGGAACGGUUAAAGGACUGGCUUCAGUCACUCGGUGACAAGAAGGCCGGUCCCGCCGACAAGAGACGAAAGCUGACUGCGUGGCACAUUUCUUUCAGCUAUCGCCUCGUCGUCCCUCGUCCCACUGGAGACAAUGUUACUUUUACUUGGAGCUUCCCGGGCCAGUUCCCCGCCUCCAUUGCAGGACCCGUCUUUAUUCAACCUGUAUCGUCGCAGCUUCUCGUGUUAUCAAACAUAGAGGACGAGUCGCUUCUUGACGAAGUCUACGAUUGA